ACUUCCUAGCCAAUCAGAAGUUGAAAGGGGUGAGCGAACAGCCAAUCAGAGUGGAGGAGGCAGAGCUCUGGCUCGAGCUCGCUGUGCGUGGCUCUGACUCUCGCUCAGUUUACUUGAGUUCGCGAUUGUAACGGCUCCACUGCGCGAGCCCGAGAGCAGAAAACAGACUUUACAUGGAGUGACAUGGGCACCAAAGAGCGUUAACCACCUCAGACUGCCUUAAACGUACGUUCUAAGUGUUUUUGUUGAGUUUUGUGUCAUUUCCUGGCGACCAGAAUGUCUCAAAGAGUUCGCAAAAACGGAUCUCCGACGUCUAACUGCAGCGGAGUGACCGCGGGAAGCCCGAGCGGACCCCCGGGGAUCAGCGCCGCUGGAGGGGGUUUACUGGGUCGCCUGCUGCCCAUGAAAGCCACGGUUCCCUUCCAGCUGAAAACGCAGACACAGCACCCUCUACAGGCACGGACAGUCCUCUCCUCCGGUAACGGUAAAUGCCACAGCAGCGGAACCCGCAGCCGGAGCCCCACGCGAUCCCUUUCCUCCAGUGCCUCAAACGUUUCUGCAGCCACGUCCACUUCCUCUGCGACGUGCUCACAGUUCAUCACAGCCACAGCCUCAACUUCUUCAUCAUCAUCACCCUCCUCAUCCAGAACUAACGUUAGCCCCAUUAUCGCUGGCCACGCGUCAAACCCCAGAGCCUCCCACGCGCAGGUACCUGUGCCAUCCUCGUCAUCACCCUACACAGGUGUGCACCUGAGCCCCCAGUGCUGCAGCUCGGACACUUCAACCCUUAACGUUACCUCUCAUCUAUCAGCCUCUCCGUCUUCACCCUCGUCCCUGUGGUCUUGCGGUCUCAGGUCCAAACCCCUCCAGACCCUCGAACAUGACAGACUGUCUCCAGAGAGGCUCAGUCCCAGCUCACCUGUCUGCGCAGACAAGCACAGACUUCCUUUGGCAGGGUCUUGGUGUACCACCAGUAAUAACGGUAGUAUUCGCCGCACAUCCUCUUUGGACACGCUCACGGCCCCUUACCUGUCUGGACACUGGCCCCGGGAUGCCAACCAUGCCCCUUGUGACAAAUCCACCCAGACCCCCAGCGCCUGGGCCGAUGAAUGCGGAGAGAAGAAGAGGGGCUGUCACAAGCGCUCAGCCUCCUGCGGCAGCACUGACCAGCUAAAAGAGAUUGUGAAGCUGAGGCAGCAGCUCCAGCGCAGUAAACACAGCAGCCGUCACCAUCGUGACAAGGAGCGCAAAUCUCCCUUCAAUGGCAACCACGCUGCUUUCAGCCAGUCACAGGCUCCUAUUCCAAAGAGCGUCCUGAUCUCUAUUCCCAUCUCAAAGUCCUCCGUCUCUCGUUUCCGGAACAGCGUGGAGGGGCUGAAUCAGGAGAUCGAGCGCAUCAUUAUCCGAGACACCGGAGACCGAGAGGAGCAGCUUAUUCCUCAGGAGGCUCCAGAUGGGCAUCGGGCUCCUCCCCCUCUCAGCUCCCGCAGCAUUGACACACAGACGCCCCUGGGCACCGCAGCGGGCAGUAACCACAGCAACAGCAACAGCAGCAGCCGCUCUCAGUCCAUCUCACCCACGUUCCUGAACGUGCCAAGUGAGAACUGCAGUGAUAGUCCAUCUCCCCAUGAGGGCGAGACUCUGGCUGACGGCCGGGAGAAAGAUCUAGCCCCCAACUCACCACUACCCAAAUACGCCUCCUCCCCAAAGCCAAACAACAGCUACAUGUUCAAACGUGAGCCACCCGAGGGAUGUGAGCGAGUCAAGGUCUUCACAGAGGAAACACACGCCAGGCCUCCACAGGAGAUCCCACAGUUCCUGUGCCCAGAUAGGAACAAGGUCAAUUUCAUCCCCAAGAGCGGCUCUGCCUUCUGCCUGGUCAGCAUUCCCAAACCGCUGAUGCCCACACAGGAGCUCAACAACCUGAAGAACCAGAGUGCCGGCCGUCUCACGCCCGAACCCGAGCCGAGAGUCUCGAGAAGAACCUGCAUGCUUUCCCAGCAGCCCUCAGGCUCCUCCCCCUCCUCCUGUCUGUCAGAGAGUUAGACACGCCCCUCAACGGGUGUCCUAGCAACUGCGUCCACAUACCCUGCACAUUUCAGUAAUCAAACAUGAUUAAAAAAAAAAAUCUCUCCAAGAACAAAGUGGUCAUUAAUAAUCAACGGCUUUCGUUGAGUGAGAGGAAGUGGUUGUCUUUCGCUAUGCACAUUUUUAGCUUUGUGGAAGGAGGCCAUUUUUGGGAGGUUUGUGAUAAACGUAUUUAGCUUUUUUAUUAUUCCUCUACCUUUCAUAGAUACGAGUGAACUUGAGAAUAUGUGUCUCAGAUCAUUAAGAAAAUGAAUCUAAAUGAGCCUUCUCAAUGAUUCAGUACUGAGGAGGCUAUCUAGAUUUGAUUUUGUGAGACACGAUGUGUAUUUUAUAACAGUUUGCAGUGGAUCACGUUUGCGAGAAGCGUUUCUAUUUUACUAGGAUCAGCACAUCAUUGAAUACAAAUGAUGCCAUUUCAGAUGAGACCAAGAGACCUGGUAGAAUGAAUUCUGGGUUGAUGAAGGUCUCUGGGACUGAAUUGUUUUCACAGUAGCAGGCCUUCUCCGUUCAGUGCGGACAAAAGCAGCAGGGGAACAUGAGGGACCGGUUCUCUGCUUCUUCUCCUCUUCGUUUCUCGCUGGUGGCGAGGAGACCGAAAGAUGCUAAAGAUGAGAAUAGUGAGAGAGAUCGCCUAACAGCUACAGGACGAGUGGCCUGUAAACCCCAUUCUUUUGUUCGCAUGGCUGUGAAAUGCAUUUCAAAUGCAUAUGGGUCCAAACUCUGAACUUCACCCCAGCAGGGAACAAAGUGAUAAAGUGAAAGGAGGGCACGGCAGGAUCUGGGUGGACCGACGGGAUGUUUUCCCACCUCUCACAAUGAUGAAGCCGAUUUAGCUCGAGGGAUGUUUGAAAGGAGGACACGACAAGUACAAAAUUGACUUGAGAAAAUGUAACGCAUAAAUGUCCAAGUAGUGAAUGAUUCGGAUAUCAGAACAUUCUUGUAAUGUUUCCUGUGAUAUCCGAUGAAAUAGUUUACAAAGUCAGAGCACAAUAUUGUCAUUAGAUUGAUUUAAUGCAUACAUUCUGGGAAAUUUCAAUCAAGUGUGUGUGUGUGUGUGUGUGUGUGUGUCACUAGAUUUAAACAAUUAAAAACGGCACAGAUUUCCUCUCUGUUUCAGUUUCUACAUGACUAGGCUGCUUGAAUUCCUGUCAUUUUCAUCAUGGAGCAGACUUCCAAAUCUUCCUUAUUUGAGCAUCUAGACUGAUUUCCUGUGCUAUAGUUGGUUUAGCAUUAUUUUGUAAUAAAAAAAAAUAAAAGUAGUGUCUGAUGAAAGCUCACACAAGUGCUUCUGUAGGCUUGGCCAAAGAGAACAUUUCCUGCGGCUCAGUGACGGUCAUCGUAGAUUAAAAAAGAUGGAAUUAAAGCAACAUAAAGGAAAUGAAUAGUUCACCCAAAAAUGAAACCGAGUCAUUUAUUUUUGUCGUUCCAAAAUUGUAUGAUUUUCUUUUCUUCUUUGGAGCAUAAAAGCAGAUAUUUUGAGAAAUGUCUCUCUCUCCCUCUCUUUAUUUUUUUCCAUACAAUGAAAGUCAAUGGGCACCAAAAUAGUUGAGUUCCCAACAUUCUUCAAUACAUACUAUUUUGUGUUCCACAGAAGAAAGUCAGGAGCAUCUUGAGGGUGAGUAAAAACUGACAGAAUGUUCAUUUAAUGGAUAAUAAUAGUACUAGCUGAACAUUGUCAAUCACUUCUAGAAGUUUUAUUUUUCAGCUUCAAGCUCAGAAGUGCUUUGGGCAGAUUGUAACACACAGGUCACAGAUGCUCCACUAGGGUUUUGGCUCGUGUUCGCUGCGUUUGUGCUUUGUGUGCAGGGUGGGGUUCCUCAAAGUUGUUUUGUUGGGAGGCUUUUUUAGCAGAGUUCCUGUUUUUUCUUGUUCGCUGGUGUAGGCAAGGUAUUGUUUUGAGCUUUAAACAAAAUGCAACAUGACCCUGGAAUAUUUUAGCACUUUUAUACCAGCAUUGUGAACCAGAGCCAUUCGGGGCUUCUGUGUUUGAACUGAAAUAAUCUCCCAGCCUGUGAUUACUAUCUUAGAUCAGUACUCAGGAAUGUAAAAGCAGCAAUCUCUUCUGGCAACGGCACAGGAAUCCAAAGGUUUCUUGCUAAAAACAAAUUGAUAAACGUUUUACCAAGUGCUUUUGUAUAUCUCUUUAGGAUGUGUAUUGAAGUAGAGAACUCUCUCACUGUAGGGCCAAUAUUAAUAUACUUUUAUAUGGGUAGUGGCAUACUCUUUCUAAAUAGAGUGGAGUAUCAGUCAGUCAGAUAUUUAUAAUCUAUAUGUACAACUUCUUAAUGCGAGACAGUGAUGUAUGAUGGGAUGGUGUGUUGAAUGCUGUCUGUCUGAGUCAUGUAGUCUCUCGUGUUGUUACGUGUCUAUGGAACUCAGCAGAAUAAAGUUGCACUCACUCUUAAA